CAAUAUUCCCAGUGCUAAUACUCACCCAGAGAAUAUGGGUAAUGAUGGUGGCAGCAUUCCAACCCGCCGCGAGCUUGUCAGAGAAGCCGCCCGAGCACCCAGCACAGCACAAGUUAAGGAAGCUCAGCGUGAGCUUCAGGAGCACUUCUGGACCACCUGUCCCUUAUCACAUAAGCCUCUUACCAGGCCCAUAGUUUCAGAUUCUGCGGGAAAUCUUUAUAAUAAAGAUGCCGUCCUCCAGUUUCUCCUCCCCGGCGACGAAGUGGAAGGGAUCAGCUCGAAGGCCGACUGCGAAGAAAUCCUCGGCGGGCGAGUCAAGGGACUGCGGGACGUGGUGGAAUUGAAAUUUGAAAUUGACACUGAGCGUGAUGGGUCGUCGAAGGACAAGUACAGUCGCCAUGAAGGAUGGAUUUGCCCUAUCACAGCCAAGCAACUGGGUCCUAAUGUGAAGUCGGUCUACCUUGUACCUUGUGGACAUGUGUUUUGUGAGGAAGCUAUUCGACAACUGAAGGGCGAUAGAUGCUUGCAGUGCAAUGAACCCUACACCGAAGAUAACGUCAUUCUCAUCCUCCCUACAAAAGACGCCGACAAAUCACGUCUUCUAGAAAGAGCCCAGAAACUUGCUGAGCAAGGCUUAACGCAUUCCCUAAAGAAAGCGCCCGGUUCGAAGAAGCGAAAGAAGCACGCCGACGGAGAAUUUGGAGAUUCAAAAUCGGCUUCGUCCCACACAAAGCAGGCUCCCAUUACCAGCGCACCGAGCGGAAUCAAGCAUGCCGCCACAGCGAUGCUAACUGCCCGCGUUCUUGACGAGGAAAAGGAGAAGAAGAAACGCCGGAAGAUGCUAGGAGCUAAUGAGAAUCUGGACAGUCUCUUUACGAAAAGCUCCGGGGAUGGUAAGUCCAAGCAGGGCAGUGAUUUUAUGACGAGAGGCUAUACCAUUCCUGCUGGGGCUCGUAGAUGAUCUCUCUUCUUAUUGAACCGUUCUUUCUUCUUCGCUUCUUCUGUCUGCAGGCGCACGGAUUCCAUAGGAUUGGUUUAUUGGGGAAAGGCUGCACAACCGGAAAGGCUAUACGUUUCUUAGGUAUUACGACAUUGUUGAUUAUCGUUGUUGGAUAGAUAGAUUUGUAAAUAAAUAUACAACAC